AUGAUUCGACUUUUUGGUGUCUCCAGUUUGCCAUGCCGUGACUGGGAGGGGAACAUCGUGUCCAACGGUGACGAAUACACACCCGAUAAAGAUGAGCCGUGUCGGUCUUGUAUGUGCCAGAACGGUCUACACAUCAUGUGUAACAUGGUCCUUUGUUCUCCUCCAGCCUGCAUGAAGAUCAAAACUGUUGAGAAUGCUUGCUGUGACUUCCGAUGUUUGAAUGGCGGACCAGAGAAUACACAUUCCAACAGAACUGGUGAUAAAAAUGGCAUCGGGAAUGUAAAACGUCGUAGUGAUGAUGACAUCGCAGACCAAGGAUUACGACUGGCUGCCAGCACGGUGACCUCAUUUCUCGUACUAGCUCUGCUGCUUUUUAUGGUCCAUCGCCUCUGUCAACGUAGACAUCUCAUACAAAUGAGAAGGUUGAAUGCACCUCGAAACCACCAAGAUGAUGACAACGAUAACAACCCUUUCUCUCAGGAUGCCUUUUCAAUUGGUAUGCCUUGCCCACCCCCUUACGAGGGUCCCCCUCCACCGUACACAUUACCGAAACCAUUCACCUAUAUACAGCCUUGUGAGGCACCGCCCCCUUACGAAGAAGUGCAGUACCAGAUGGCUGGUCAUAACCCUGCCUUUUCUGACACUCUCAGCCCUACUAAUCGCACAAUAAACCCAAAUGAUACCAGUGGCCAGGAAGCCGAGUCUAACCCGUCCAUGCACGGCCUCAAUUUAGAAGGUGUCAGUUGUGAGUUUCCGUCGAAUGUAGACAAUGACGACGACAGCAGUCUACACGAGACUACACCGAAAACUCCGUUUGGCACCGACGAAAAUCAGUUCACCUCUCCAUUUACCAGGACCGGCCAUUCUCCAUCAAUAGCACGUCCCUUCAGUACGUUCUUCGGUUCUUGUACAUCAGCUGAAAUUUCUGACGGUCGUCAGGCGCGUAAUUCCUGCGGAAGCAUUGCGGCACGGGCUGAACGGAUCCGUUCGUGUUUGUUUCCCAGUGGAAAGGAACACCAGGACGGCAUCGCUUUGGGUCUCACAAGGCAGCAAGCAGCAGCAGCAGCUAUAUCUCUGAGAGAAACCGGUGAAAAAUCAUCUGUAACAGCAGCAUCAACAUCAACAUCAAAAGCAGAUAAAUUUGCACCUUGGUAUAUCAAGCGCUCUGAAAGUAUCGAAAUUCGACGAGAAAGCCACAGUCCACGUAAUUCAUAUUGUUUUCGAAACAAUUACAUUCCUUCUGAUACCAGUGAUUCAUCAGAAUCUGAGCAAGAAUCCGCCGAUGUUUCUAGUUCUUGGCUCAAGUCUAGUAACAGCGCCGUGGGAUUUUCUCUGGGAACCAAUAACCAACAACCGCAACAAUCAACAGCUGCUGGGUCUGCUGUUUCCUCUUUCAAACCGAGUGUUUCAAAAUCUAGUGACUGCUAUACUGGUUGGGAAAAACAGCCAGCACACGAGAAUUUAACUGGUGAUUGUGUUAACGAGUCCAAAAGCACAGCAAAUGCAGAAGUUACCAAAUCAGCUGUUCCUGGAAAGCCGGUUCGGAUAAGUUAUAUUGACUCUCCAAAUCAGCAAUCUGUCAGUCACGGAACCAGCAGUAACAAAACCGAUGUUGUCAGCGAACAAGGUGAAAAAUCUAAUAUUUCCAAAUUGAAUUCAGCUAAUCAGUUAGCUAACUCUUCUUUUGUUCAAAGCCAUGAUUUUGGUGUGACAUCAUCAGCUCUUCAGAUUCGAAAUAGUCUGCCUCCCCUGGAAUUGAAACCCUUGCAACCAGACCUCCAGAAAUCCGAGAUGGCUACUCAGACGAGUAAAAUUACUCCUCCAAGUGUCCUGUCCUUGACUUCUGGAGCCAGUGGAAGCGGCUUACUUUCUGUUGAACAUGCUGAGGAUAGCUUAUCAGAACGCGGUUUCCGUGACUUACAUCACCCUGCAACUAUACUGAGUGGCCGACUGCAGAGCCCUGGCACCCCUGUAUCCUCGGGGUCAUCUCCGUCGAGGAAUAGCAUGGGUACAUUGCAAGACCGUUCCAAUUCACUGACUUCAGAUAUCUCUUUGUUCUCAAUUUGUUCGGAGACUGGUGAGAAGAAGAGACCGAAAAACAACUCCUCUUCGUGCACCUCUACUCCUUCCACUAUCACCAGCAGCAACACAAUCGAAGCUACACACAACGCUGGCAACAGCCACCUUAUCAAGAAUGAAAACCCUUACGCUGACCCCUUUCAUACAAAAACCAUUAAAGAUGGUGGUGAUAGUGGUAACAUAACGAACAUGGUGAAUCCGGUCACAGCUGGUGCUACUCAUUUGCCAAUCCAACGACACGAGCCCUUGACCACCGCGAGCUUAGUGUCCAAUAUUCUUAAGCGUUAUUCAGACAUUCCUCGACAAUCAGUAGAACAUGACGAAAACAGCUACUCGAAGCCUUCAUCCUCAGCUCCUCCGACUUCUCUUCCUCCUUCAACAUCCACGUCUUCAUCACUGAUUGCCCAGCAUCAACACUUCAAACCACAAAGCAGCCACAUUCAUACCUCUUCUGCAUCCAGUUCUAGUGCUCACCAUCAAGCUAACAGCCACAUUCCCCAUCACUCUCACCAUUCCAGUUGGAGCUGUGAUCCAUCAAGUAUUACAACGGCUGUCAACAGCGCUACAGGCAGGCUGAUCAAAAGAAGUGAUUGCACAUUAGCUCAAUCAUAUCCUCGCAAAUCUGAGAUUCGUUCCUUGGAUAAUCGCAAGUCAAUCGACGACAUUAUACGAACUAUUGACAUCACACCUGUUCUGCAGAGCAUUGCGAAGCCUUUAGAUAUUCUACGAGAUAGCACUCAUUUAGGGUCUGCAUCAGGUUCAAAAGAAUUAGCCCCGACCUUUUCUUCAGGAGCUACAUCGAGGACUAACAGCUCUUCUACCACCAGCAAAACUAUGACUGCAACUAACGUUACGAAUUCCAGUCUCACAAACUUCAGUAAGUUUGGUCCACUUAACGCCAGCCCCAAGGACUGUCUCUCAAGCAGCUUUCCAUUUACUGAUAAAACCUCACCCCCACCUCCACUGCCAGUGUACCCUAAACCCAAAGCAAGUCCUGCAGACCGUAAGAAACGACAUUCCCUUGGCAGUAUGUCUAAAGCUAGCAAAAGAUCGGGCCACAAGUCAGCAAACCAUCAAGAAAACACCAACUGCAAGAGUGCCUCAACCACUUCAAGUAGUCUUUUGAACAGUAUACAAAACUCUUUCAACAUGUCGACUACUCAAGCUAUGAAAUCUUCUGACUCCUCACAGACCCACGAUAGCAAUUCCCAUAGUAACGCUAAUAAAAUAUGUGAGCCUUGUUACAAGCAGUAUGGUUACGUCGAGAGGCUGACCGCAUCGCACAGUUGCGGCCAUAAAAAAGAACACGGCAAAAGUGUUACGGAUCACUUCAAAGACAGAAAUGCUGAGAAAGAAGGUGAAUCAAACAAACUGUCUCCUUCUAUGAUGAAAUACCUAACUGCUAGUCCCAAAUCCUCCAACACAGGCCAAUUAUCAUACCCAACAGAUAAUGCUCACAGCACCGUGAAGCUAAACGGUGCCGGAGCUGGUCAAAAUAGUAGUUCUUCCGGCUACAAAGUUAAAAAAAUGUCACAUCCUAGAAUUUCUCCAGAUCACAAAACCAAAUCUAGCUCUUCAGCUACUCAUAAAUCUACAAGUGGGAGCAGCUGUACUACAACUGCAAGUGUGGAAGUCCAUCAACCGCCCAGCGGAGUGAUACCAAAGAAGAGACACGCUCGCAGUAAAGAUAAAAAUCGGAAAUCAUACCCUGGUGCUAGCCCAGAUACAACGCCAAGAGAGACCAAAAUCGUUUCCAGUCCUUGGAUGGCUCCAUCAUCAUCAUCUGCAAGUUCUGCAAGUCGCAAACCAGAGAAAUCUCACCGCUCUAAUAAGCAUGGCAACUCCAGUAGUGUUGCUCUGGAUUUGUCACGAAACUACACUAAUGAGGGGAACUCCUCCACAAAUCAAACAAGCCGUCAUGGCAACUCUGUACAGAACCACAUGAGCCAGCUGUCCAGUUAUGUAUAGCUGGUCGACGGUUAGGUUUUGCUAUAAACUUUGGGGGAACUCACUGCUGUCUAAAAAGCAAAGGAAAUUAAUUUAUUAAAACUGUGACUUUGUAUAUACAUAUGCAUAUACAUCUAAACACAUUUAUGCAUACAUGUAAACACACAGAUACAUGAAAGCCAUACAGAUACACCCCCUCCCACGAAAAAAAGAAAAACGAAUAUAGGUGCCCUCUGAUGAGGUUAAAUCUAACAAUUUAAGGGUCACUGACCUGUUGGUUUGUUUUUGUUUUUUCUUCCUUUGAUCUAGGGUUAAAAACAGAAAAAUCGACACAUCACAAUUUGAUUGGUUUUAAUUUUUCUUUUACUGAUCAAUAAUAAUCUUAGACUCAUUCGAAAUUGUUCCCUAGAAUGGUUAAAUGGUGAAAAUAAAAACUCAAAAAAAAGGAAAAAAAAAAAGAAAUAUAUAUAUAUAUAUAAUAUGGUGGCGGGGACAACAAAACAAACAAACAAACAAAGAAACUCUUCUGCAAAUUCACUGGUGUAUGUACUUUCAUUAGUUGUGUGUAUGUAUGGAUGUGACUGGCUGCAUUCUUCACUACCUGUUGACAUAUUAUAUAUAUAUAGAGAGAAACAACACACACACACAAACACACACACGAGCUGUAUACAUGACAGGAUUCAGUGCCAUCUAUCUAUCUUUCUAUCUAUUGUCUUUGACUAUUGCUAAAAUAUUACACUUGUUUAUCACCUUGAAAAAAACAAAAUCUCAUUUUCUCUUUUUUUUUUUAAUCAUUUUUUUUUAAAUGAAUGUCUUAAUUGAUUUGACAUCAAAUGGGGAAAAAAACACAAGGAAACAAGAAGAAUAAGCAACAAUAUGUUUGUGUAUUUUUUGGUAAUGUCUUUCUCUCUUUCUUCUCUUCCUUUAAAA